AUGCCCAUGUUGGGCUCAUUUGUACAAGUCCAUACAGCAAAAACAGUGCAGAGUGGUUUCGGAGCGUGCACCGAAUGCUUGUUCCUCAACGCACAGCGCAACAAACACUUCUCGCUCAUCGCCGGGAGGUAUGAAGGGGAAAUCCCUUGCAGCGGGAGCACCCCGCCCUCCAAAACCACCCUGUCAAAGGGAGUGAAAAGUCAGUAUUUCCUCAAGCAUCUCGCAGAACAGCCCGGGCACUUGUCCCUGGGAGACAGAAGCAGAGAUGGCUUCCCACAACUUUGCUGCAGUGGUGGUUUUAUUCUUGUGGCUGCAGAUCUCCAGGAUUUACAAUCCAGCGGAUCCAUCUUCACAGCGUCAACCGGAUCCACAUCAACACCCCCCACUUCCAGCUCAGCAACACCCCACUAUUCCACAACUUCAUCCUGGAUCGUUCAACCAUCCCUCCCUUCCACAACGUCAACCGGAUCCACAUCAACACCCCUCACUUCCAGCUCCGCAACACCCCACUAUUCCACAGCUUCAUCUGAAUCUACAGAACCAUCCCUCCCUUCCACAACGUCAACCGGAUCCACAUCAACACCCCCCACUUCCAGCUCAGCAACACCCCACUAUUCCACAGCUACAUCUGAAUCUACAGAACCAUCCCACCCUUCCACAGCGUCAACCGGAUCCACAUCAACACCCCCCACUUCCAGCUCAGCAACACCCCACUAUUCCACAGCUUCAUCUGAAUCUACAGAACCAUCCCUCCCUUCCACAACGUCAACCGGAUCCACAUCAACACCCCUCACUUCCAGCUCCGCAACACCCCACUAUUCCACAGCUUCAUCUGAAUCUACAGAACCAUCCCUCCCUUCCACAACGUCAACCGGAUCCACAUCAACACCCCUCACUUCCAGCUCCGCAACACCCCACUAUUCCACAGCUACAUCUGAAACUGCAGGAACAGUCCUCCCUUCCACAGCAAAAGUCAAAACCACAACAACAUUCUUCUCUUCCACAACAGCCACCGAAAUCGGACCACUCCUGCCCUCAAUCUCCACGCCCAGUACAUUGUCAUCUUCUCCCCACAGCACAACCCGAGCGUCACGCACUAGCGAAGUCAGCCCCCAGCCACCACACACUUCCACCUUAGUGUCCAAGGCAACAGCUACACUCAGUACGACCAAAGAACCUACCCUCCCAUCAUCAACCAUCCCUACUACGAUCUCUGCAACUGAACUGACCACCAAACACACAACCAGCGUCUAUUACAGGACAUCAGCCAAGACUAGUUCCACAGGGCGACCUACUACCAGCAUUUCUGGAACGACAUUAACUACCAAUGUCACAACCAGCAGUCCUGCACCCACAACAGCUCCGAGGGAAACCACUACCUCCCUGGCUUCUUCCACUGGAAUUGGAAACCUGACAACCGCCAUGUUGCCACAAACCACCGCCUGCCCACCCCCAGAUAGCAAUGCAGGCAAGAGCAGUUUCUUUGUCUCAAUGGACUUGACUUCAUCCCGAACUAUUACAAAAGUUGGAGACGUGGCUGUGAAGAAGCUCGAACAAAUCCUGCAGACAAAAUUCCCCUGCGCCCAGUUCAAUGUGACAUUCAAAGCAGUGUGGAAAGGGUGAACGAAAACGUCCGAAGACGCAGUCCCUUGACUUGGCUAUCAGAAGCAACAGCAGAAUGAGGCAAACUCCUUUUCUUCAGGCACAUGAGAUGUCUCCGAUUUUUGCUUUCCCUGAAUAGGUGCGUGCUUAUUUGUGUCUACAGCCGGUUCUACGCUGGGACCAUUCUUUGCAAACCAAUCAAUGCCAUUCUAGUGUUAGUGGCAUGAAGAAUUACACAGGAACAUCCACGUAGAAGAAGAAGAAGAAGAGUUUGGAUUUAUAUCCCCCCUUUCUCUCCUGCAGGAGACUCAAAGGGGCUCACAGUCUCCUUGCCCUUCCCCCAUCACAACAAACGCCCUGUGAGGUGGG